GCUUAGUUUUCGACGUUUCGAUAACGAUUGUUUAGUUCUAGUCUUUUUUUCUCCUUUUCUCCUUGACCUUGACCCCGAGAAUUCCGAAAAAUCUCGACGACACAAAGACUUUCCAGUGCAGCACAAACAACCGAAUGGCGAACGACCUUUGCCCCUCCGAAUUCGUCUGAUCCACCACAGUUCCAAUCCCGCGACCACUUCGAAACGUCGAAACCAGGGGCGACCUUAGGACUCCACAGACCGCACCAUACUACGUUACUGACUGUCAGUCAGUUGGUCAGAGCGGUCCUACGACACAGAUCAUUACACUGUUUGUUGCAAGGAUUGGCACUGGAAAAUUAAAGUAAUAGAUACGGAACAGACUUUCGGCCCAAUGGCGUGGUCGAGAAAUGGGAUGAAGCAGCGAGGACCGAUGUCUCUGGCUCCGGUCUCAUCUGUAACUCCGCGUCGUCUGCUGUUGUCCUCAGCUGAAUCAGUAUUCACAAACGGCGCGUGGUACUUAAUAGCAGCAGUGCUGCUUUUUGCUCCCAUGGGGAUGGCUCACGAACACCACCAAGAGAAGAUUAAAGAGGGAGACACGAUAUCCAUGGAUCCUAUCGAUACAACAUUAUGGGUUCACAUCUUCAUCCAGAUGCUCGCCUUUGGCGUGCUGUUCCCCCUGGGGAUGGUUCUAGGGCUGGUUAAAAGUAGAUGGCACGUACCUGUCCAGACCAUCGCUUCCGCCAUUGCCAUUCUCGGCGCCAUCCUCGGCCAUUCGCACGGCGGCCGCGAGUUUGCCUACAACGCCCACUCCCAAUUCGGCGAUGUCGUUUACGGUCUCCUUUUCGCACAAAUCGUCCUCGGCGUCUACCUAAAACUACACAUCGAACGUGGCUUCCUCGGCCGCAUCCGCAAAUGGCUUGUGUUGGCGCAUAGCAUAAACGGCAAGGUUUUCCCCGUCGUGUCGUGGGUUCAGCUUCUAUUUGGCGGCAUUGCGGCGCUGGGAUUUUGCCACGACGAUCAUCUCGGCCAGUGUGUGGCCCAUUUUAUCAUGGGCAGCGCUUUCAUCGCUUACGGAACCCUGCUCACCAUCAUGGUACUGGCCGGCCAGCUCUGGCUGAGGCGCACGGGGAGGUCGCAAGAGUUUUUCGACAGCUCCAUAAUCGCCGCUUGGGGAUGCGUCAACACCUUUACCGAGCAUCGCUGGGGAGAGGAGUGGAGGGGCAACGACUGGCAGCACACUGCCAUGGGUAUUGUUUGGUGGUGUGCAGGUUUGGCCGGUAUCUGGCUCAGCCGCGGCCGUGACGGAUCGCCGAAACGAAACUUUAUCCCCGGUUUCGUGCUCAUCCUCACGGGAUGGUCCAUGUCAGCACACACUCAGCAUUCGAUGGCCAGUUCGGCACUUCAUACCAUGUUCGGCUAUACACUUAUGGCUGCUGGCGUGACGAGGAUCAUCGAGGUGUCUUUUGUGCUACAGGACAAGACUGGCGUGUCGACUGCAGGUGACGAAGUCAACAGCUUCCAAUACGUGCCCGUAUUUCUACUUUUUGCCUCUGGUUAUCUCUUCAUGGGUGCUACGGAAGAGCAAAUGGCACUUCUCGAAAGCUCACCCAUGGACCACGUUGCCUACAUCUUGAUUCUCUAUAGUCUCGCCUUCCUCACCUUCCUCUUUGUCUGCAUGCUCCUCCAUGUCUACGACAGGGCAUCCUACAACUCCAACGCGUACAAGAAUCUGACGACAGCCAACACGAGGGACGACUCCGUCACAGAGUCUGAGCGACGCCGGCUCCAGGAUGUUGAGGAGUUUGAGCUCGACGGCCUGAUGACGGAUGAUGAAGAUGAUGAAGAAGCGGCUAAGAGGAAGCUGCUCGCGAAGGAGAAGGAUGUGGAGGGUAGCAAUAGCACAGGACCUGGUAGCCCUAGCACCGUGGGGAGGAAUAGCGAUCGGGUUGCUUGAAAUGAUCCCAUCGAACCCGUGGAUCACGGGACAUAUAACAGACUGCUUACAAAAACAGCACAUUUCCUAAGACUUUUCAUAACUAGACUGCGUCCGUUUAGGCACAUCCUUGAGCGAGUGCGUUCGUGUUGAGACUGGCUCCUUUUUCCUAUGUAUAUAUAGCAUAAUUGCAUAUUGGGCUGGAUGGCGUUUUGGGUGUUGACUGACAGCUUCGCGCGGAUGUGCAUCAAUGCAUUC